AUGGCUUUUGGCCUAAGAAUUUUGGCACCAUCUCUGCCUCUCAUGCUUGCGCUAUGUAUAUCUCUCUCUCAAGCCAAAAUAGAAAUCCUGGUUGGAGGGAAGCAAAUUGUAUGGGAAAUCCCACCUUCAAAUAACACUCUCAACCUUUGGGCAGAGAGAACUCGGUUCAAAGUAGGAGAUGUUCUAGUGUGGAAAUAUGAUCUCAACGCAGAAUCAGUGUUGCAAGUUACAGAGAAGGGGUAUGAUAGGUGCAACACAUCAAACCCAAUCAAACAACACAAAGAUGGCUUCACCAAAAUGGAGUUGGAGCAUUCAGGACCCUUCUCCUUUAUCAGUGGAACUCAAGGGCACUGUGAGAAAGGAUUGAAGCUCAUUGUGGUUGUUCAUUCUGAGGCUCGUUAG